CCUGGUAUUAUAUAUUACACUGCGAAUCAGCUUACACACUAAAUCCACAUGAUGAAUCUUAUGAUACUAACGAUAAUAAUAUCAUCAAUACAAUCCUUCUUGCAUUUGCUUCAUAUUUGUAAAUACCUACCUCUAUGGUGGCUUAGAUUUAGAUAGGUCUUCUCCGAACUAUUCCUAAUUUUUAUUUUAUUUUAUUGAUUUUUGUUUUCUUUUGCAUAAUACCCUUUUCUCCCCCCCCCCCCCCCCCCCCAUAAUGCAAAAUUAAUAACUGUCAACAAGAUGUCGCGAUAGCCUUAAUCUGUUUAUUUUCAUGUUUGCGCGUUUCUGCUUUUCUCGUCGCCAUGUCCGAAUCACCUAGCUUAGGCCCUUUUUUUGAGCGCAUAAACAUAGCCUUUAUCACGGUUGCAGCUGUCUCGUUUGCAUUGAGGGCAUAUGUACGGAUAUUUCUUAUAAAAGCGUUUGGGCAAGAUGAUUAUUGGAUGACAGCUGCAUUGGGAGUUUAUAUAGCCAACACCACACUCGCUAUUCUAGGUGCGAAGUAUGGGUCGGGACAACACAUAUGGCAUUUGGAUGACGAGCAAAUCGAAAUGGCCCUAAAGUUCACAUACCUGACUGAGAUAACGUACGGAACUACGAUGAUACUUACCAAGAUGUCUAUUGCAGCAUUCCUGUUACGAGUAACACCGGAUCGCAUCCAUCGAAGGAUAAUAUAUGUUGCCGCAGGCUUCACCUGCGCUGCCGGCUUGACGUUAGUGUUCAUCGUCAUGUUUCAAUGCAAACCAGUAUGGUCAUUCUGGGAUAAAAAAGGACCUGGGUCAUGUUUGCCCACAGACGCGAUUCUCACCAGCACCUACGUCUAUAGCGCCUUCGCCAUCCUGACUGAUUUUACCUUCACGUUUCUGCCCAUGUACCUCAUCUGGAAACUCCAAAUGGACAUGAAGACCAAGCUAGUUCUCGUGCCGAUCAUGGGCAUGGCGUUCAUGGCAAGUCUUGCUGUUAUCAUUCGUCUCCCUUACGUUCAGGACUUCAAGAAGGAAGAUUUCCUGUAUUCCACCACCCACUUUGGGGUGUGGUCAGCAGUCGAGCAGAGUCUGGCGAUCACGGCGGGUAGCUUAGCUACGCUCCGCCCGCUGCUGCGCAAAGCAACCGGCCGUUUCAAGACCUUACUGCCGUCCUUAUGGAAUAGCGUAGAUGCCGCAACGCCCCAUAGUAUCGACUCUGGAACGGCGCAACUCACCACCAACAGGCCCGAGGGGUACAAACUUCAAAGUCGAAAUCCGUAACUAACUCAUUCAUGCUGUUGAUCUCCCUUUCUUCGGUCCCUUUCGUGAUUCGUGACUUCCAUUCCCUGGAUUAUCGAAAGGACAGUUCAACUGGGUAGGGCGUUUGCUUGUCUUCUGUCAGCGAAGAAGUAUUCAAGGCCGACGCGGGUUUAUGAGUUUAUGACACCAGCUGUCAAGAACGAGCCAUUGGGAUGAUAGAAACGCAUUGUCGAUCGCAUUCCUUCGACCUAACGUGGUAUCAAGAGCAGACUGCACCACCUUAUCGUGGCUUCCCACCUCCCACGUAAUUGUAGUAUUAGGUAGAGGCGAAGUCCAAGUAACGUUGGAUUAGGACUCCAUUGCGGCCGUGCAAAAAAAAGAUGAUCCCCUACCUACCUACAUUGGGGGUCAUAACACACGGGCCUUCUCUCAUGGCGGAUUGUCAGAUCCUGACAAGGUCCCUAGUCUAGGAUCUCAACGGCCGAAUAACCCCAUCAAUACACAACACAAAACACGUAAGCGGAUAUUAAAUUAUGUACUAUGUAUGACGGAGAAUUUGCAGACGCCCAAUAUCUUUUUUUU